CCAAAUUAAAUUACGAACAUUUUCAUCCUCUUUAUCUAGCAUAGCGAAAGAUUAUUUUAUUUACCACUUUCCCCCUAUUAAUAUAGUCACUGGUAGCUCAAGAUCGAACCCUCAGCCUUCACUCACUGGCCACUGCAUUAUCCGAUUUAAAUCUCAGAUCAAUAAACUCGCCGGCGAAACGCCAUCGCAUCUCCGUCAUCCAGUGUUGGGGUGACUAGAGAUGGCUACAGCUACAUACCCGCCGCCACCACCGUAUUACAGGCUCUACAAAGAUUACUUACAAAACCCUAAAUCAGCGCCAGAGCCUCCACCGCCGAUCGAAGGCACUUACGUUUGCUUCGGUGGCAACUACACUACUGAUGAUGUGCUUCCGAGUUUGGAAGACCAAGGGGUUCGCCAGCUCUACCCUAAUGGACCUAAUAUUGAUUUCAAGAAGGAAUUGAGGUCACUUAACAGAGAAUUGCAACUACACAUUUUGGAGCUUGCGGAUGUUCUCGUCGAGAGACCAUCACAAUACGCAAGACGAGUGGAGGAGAUCUCUCUUAUAUUCAAGAACUUGCAUCACUUGCUGAACUCAUUGCGUCCUCAUCAGGCUAGAGCAACACUAAUUCACAUUCUAGAACUUCAGAUACAGCGCCGUAAAGAGGCUCUGGAGGAUAUUAAGAGGAGGCGAGAAGAAGCACAAAGACUGCUGAAAGAAUCACUUGCGACCUUAGAUGGACAGUAGUACACUGGGCUCGAGCUCGAACUGCGAAUCGUUUCUUUCAUGAGGUUGAUUCCGUAAACCGAGCCUGCAUUUUACUUUAAUUAUUGGAGUCUUAAAUAGAUCCAGAGUUGUAGUUAAAAGCCUUAACAUGCUCCAACUUGUGGUUAUUUUCUUUUUUAUUGAUGAGGACUCACUUGCAGACUGUA